ACAACCUAGCCAAUGAAACAGUCUCUUACAUGUUUCCUUACGUCAAGGCACAUUCCGGCAGCGGAACAAACACACUAAACUUUGUUUUGCUAAUUUUCUGCCAUCUAAGCUAAUUAUGCCCACGUUAUUGAGAGCUAAAUGUGUGGUUGUUGGAGAUUCCACCAGUGGUAAAAGUUCAUUAUGUCAGGUGUUUCACAGUGAUAACUCAUUCUUUCCAAAGAACUACACUAUGACAACAGGUGUUGAACUGUUGGUGAAGCAGGUUAACAUACCAGACACAAAGGAUGGAGUGGAGCUGUACCUAUAUGACUCAGCUGGAAAAGAACUCUUUGCAGAGUUUGUUCCAAAAUUUUGGGAACAUCCAUCAUUAGUAGUUGUUGUAUAUGACUGUACUAGUGAGACAUCGUUCAACAGUUGUGAGAAAUGGUUACAGAGAGUUCGACAAGAGAGCCCUGAUGUUCAGAUACCUGGUGUUGUUAUAGCAAACAAAACAGAUCUCGACCAAAGACGUGUUAUCAGUCCAAAAAUGGGUGCAGACUUUGCAGCAUCACAAGGUCUUAAAUACUUUGAGUGUUCAGCAAAAGAGAUGCAGGGAGUUGAUGCACCAUUCUACUACCUGGCUAAUGAAUUCUACAAGAUAUACCAGGAAAAAAUUGAAAUGUUUAAAUCCCUAGGAAUGCAAUGAUUUAUCAUAAAUUACAGACAUUCAUAUUUUUAUACAUGUACAUUCCGUCCACUCUAUUGUAUCAGUAAUUUAUUAGUUGAUCUGAAAUAAAAGUUGAUAUUUAGAAA